AUGGUCCGCGCGACACGUUUGUCGACUCUCACAUUGUCGUCAAUUCACCCAUUCCUCCAACCCGCACCAGAGGUGUCUCACCACACUCGCCGAGCAUCUCACGAAGUCUACGACCGUCACGACCCAUCUACACUUACGACCUUUGCGCAACAGCGCCAGCAGCCAUCUUCCCCCCGUCCAUCUUCCUCCCAUUCAGUCGAUUACCGCCCACCCUCGGCGACAGAUUCGCACCGUCCCCUACGUCGAGUGCGCCGCUCACCCGACGUUCGCCAAUUGCCACACCGUCGCACCGUCUCGCACGACGUAUCGAGCAGACAGCCGCCUCAACCCCAGCCACCACAGCCGAUCCCAGUCGCCGUCUAUCCUAGUCUAGACAGCGGCGUUGCAGGAGUACCACCGGCACUCUCCGAAGCACAGACUGACGAGCACGGGUCGACUAUCGACGAUCCGUACGAGCUUCUCAACUCCUCAUAUUGGCCCCGGAGAACCACUGGCGUCUCGUCCCGAACCGCCUCGGCCAUUCUCUUUGCUCUCGAAGAGGCCAUUCGUCGCCCGUUCACCUUGACCACAGACUGGGAAGAAGCGAAUGCUUCUAUGUCCGAUAUGGUAGGCGUUGCUGGUCCCGCCGUGCCUGUGGGCAAUGGCCGUUCUUCAAAUGCUGGCUCGCGGGUGCCUCCAGGUGCCCCGGCUUCACAACCGCCGAGUGGUGUUCGCACCCCGACAGACAUCAUGAGACAACGUCGAGAUCGGGAGGCUCGCCGCAAAGCAGAGCAGGAGGCCCGUGAGAGAGAACAGGAAGAGCUAGAAAGACAACAAUUGGAGCAGGAGCAACAGGAGCAAGCUCAGGCCCAAAAGUAUGCUGCUGGCGCUGGCGCUGAUCCGGCUUCCCAGCGUCGCGCGCAGCCUCAACGAGCUCCGAGAGGCGCUCAAGCUCAAGUACCCCCGGAAAUGGUAGCUGUGACCUCUCCAGGAUCUGCUCCUGGCUAUCGUCCGACCACCAGUGCCGGGCCGACAGCUCCCAGACAGGACUACCAGGCUCCAGCUCCAGCUCCAGCCCCCGCUGCAGCUGGUCAUGAUUUGUCUGGACAACCGCAACAAGCACCUUCAUCGAGCCAGCAGCGUCUGGGGCCAUCUACCCGGCAUGCUCGCUCACAGAGCGCAGCCGCGGCAACGGGACCUCAAACAGGGCCAACUGCUUUCUCCAAGUCUGCACCAGCUCCCGCGAGCAGCCAACCUGGCGGUGCUCCUCAGACACUCCAACAGCCACGAAAAGCCGGCUUUCCACAUGCCUUUGAACGGUGGGAGACUCUUUCUUCUCAUUGGGAGGGUCUCACCAGCUACUGGAUCCGCAAACUCGAGCAGCAUAAUGAGGACUUGGAACGUGAUCCCCUCAGCCAGCAACUUGCUCGCCAGAUCACCGAUUUGUCCGCCGCAGGCGCGAACCUGUUCCAUGCCGUCGUCGAAUUGCAGCGACUGCGUGCUUCUUCAGAGCGCAAGUUCCAGCGCUGGUUCUUUGACACCCGCGCUGAGCAAGAACGCUCCAAGGAGGUUCAAGGAGAAUUGGAACGUCAAUUGAAAGCCGAACGGCAAGGCCGCACCGAUGCCUUCGCCGCUGCUCAAACGGCCGAGCAGGAUAAGACCCGUGCGGAAGAUCUUCUCCGCGAGAUGCGGCGCGAACUGCAGAUCUCCAAAGAGGAAGCACGGCGCGCAUGGGAAGAACUGGGCCGCCGCGAACAAGAAGAGCGCGACAGAACCAACUCUCUCCGCAACGGCGAGCCCACCCUCGUCGGCGGAGUCCAAGUCGUGCCCAUGGUCCAGGGCGUCCCCAGCCGUCACGCAACCCGCCCACCAACCCGCGAGGGUCCUUACCCCGGCGGCCCGACGGCAACAUCAAUGGGCAAACCGACAGAUCGCACAUACUACGAUGAAAACACGCCCAUGUCCCCAACCGGGUCCGACCCCUUCAUCGAGCCCAGGAAGACCGACCCCCCUGCCUCUAAAGCACCCUACCCACCCACCAGCCAACUAUACCCGCACGAGCCCACCGCCGCACCAUACCCGGCCCCAACCUCCGAGCCCGACGCCCACUCGUACGUCGGCAGCAGCGAGGUCGAGGAGGAAUACACCGGCUACGCGCGCGACGACACCCACCCAUUCAGCUACCCGGCCGCACCCCCCUCUGAGGGCAGCGACGAGUACGACCACCACCCAGACGAGCGCCACUACACCACGGACGGCGCCUACACGGGCGCCAGUAGCUCAGCACCCAUCCACGCACCUUACCCGCCGACCACCGCCGACUACAGCGGAACAGGCUGGGGCGCCGGCACAGGGUGGGAAUCCGUCACGCCGCGGCACCGUCACCCGACGCGACUGAGCGACGUACUCGAGGAGGAUGAGCCGAGUCGCACGAGUCCCAGUCGUGCUAGCCAGGCUAGUCGGAGUGUGCAGUAA